AUGUCAACCACUUCGCAUACAAGUGAUGAUUCUUUCUCUAUUAAAAAAAACCUACCUAUAAACCCAGAUUUACUUAAUGAACUAGAAGAACAAGCUCGCGGUAUUGCAGAAGAACUUGAAGCAAUGUUUCAAAAUUUAAAGUCACAAAUGUUUGAGGCCUCGGUCCUAACUUCUGCUUCAUUUGACGUCUAUAAGCAAACUGUCGAGAAUCAUAGUACAGAAAUUAAAGAAGCAUCAAAUAAAACUCGGGAACUAAUAGAAUUAUGUGACCAAUUGGAUAAAGAAUUUGUCGAUGUACAGACAUUAGCAAGUAAUAUGUGU